AAAAAACGUCUUGUCAUCUAUAUUAGACCGUAACGCCCACUAAAUUAUAAAGCGGUCGAACACGCCGUGGAGUCAGUUCGGAGUCAGGUCGGAUGAGACGCGGUGAGAAACACUGCCAGCUACAGACAUGCUGCAGCUGCUUCAGGUCAUGGUGAUCAUCGGAUACGGCAGGUACAUGGCGGCACUCGUCCUCACCUACGAGUACAGAGAGCCGGCCAGCGGGCGCAAGCUCACGUGCGAACGUUGUCCCCCGGGGACGCACAUGGUGCAGCACUGCAGCGCCACCAAGCGGACGCAGUGCGCCCCCUGCCCGCCGCAGCACUACACGCAGGAGUGGAACUACCUGCGGCGGUGCCUGUACUGCCGCCAGCUGUGCGGGGAUGGCCAGGUGGUAUCGGAAGCGUGCUCUGCCUCCCAGAACACCAUAUGCCAGUGCAAGCUGGGUUACUUCAUGCAGGACGACUUCUGCAGGCAGCAUACCAAGUGUCGCCCUGGGUAUGGAGUCAAAGUAAAAGGGACUGCUGAAGUCGACACAGUGUGUGAGAAGUGUCCGCUGGGGUCGUACUCCCCUGGCGGCGUGUCAGAAGUGGUCUGCCGGAACCACACAGACUGCAAGUCACUGCGCCUGCAGACUGUCCUGAAAGGGGGCGCGUGGCAUGACAGCCUCUGUGCUUCCUGUGACAGCCUCAGAGCUGGGGGUGGACUUGAACUUCUCCGAGGAAUCCUUCUGGAUUUCUUCAGUUAUCACAAAAUGAGCAAGAGAAAAUUGGAAAGAUUUGUGAGGCAGUCCCUUUACCCUCGAAAGCAACAUGACAGUUUUCAGAAUGCGAGACUGCAAGAGUACCUUACCAUGUGGGUUAAGGUGGCUGAGGUGGAGAAGCUAAAGAAGCUACUAAAGAUGUUGAGAAGAUGUGAUCUUCACGAUGCAGCAGAAAAACUGAAGAAAAAACACUCUAAAGUCACCGAUAUGACUUUAUGUGAUGAUUCUAUGAACUGAAAUGAUAGUUGUUUUCUUAAGUUGUUACGGGCCGUAAGGAAAGUACGUACCGUAAGUUUCGGGUACCAACCAAACCUAAAAACCAGGAACAAAGCAGAACGAGCUAACAGGCGAGAAGCGAGCAGACGAAGUGACGAAGCGGCAGCUUCUUCUGUCAACGAACCGGAAACUGCUCCGAAGGCAAGGGAGGCGGGGCCAGGGCCAGAAGGUGGAGUCGAGGGAGCGGUUGACGAAUGUGCGAGUGGGCAGGACGUCCGAAGAACCUGUAGGCAUCCUCCCGAACUUACGGCACGUUACACUUACGGCACAUACCCGAAACUUACAGCACGUAUCUCCCUUACGGCAUGUACUUUCCUUAAGGCCCGUAACAAAGUUUAAUAAAUGAAUACCAUCUGUGUAAAACUGGCUGAUGAAUUUUCCAAUUACUGCUCUGUAGACUGUGAAUCUACUGUGUUUGCUUUAAUCUAAUGACACAUUGUAUUAACAUGGACUACAAUGGAAAGUCCUUUAAAAUACAGUUCAUUUAAUUCAAUUUCAUUUGUAAAGACUAGAGAGAAUAUCAAAAUAAAUACUAACACAUAAUCAGCUGUCUUCCAUAUUGCUACCUACAGUACCAGUCAAAAGUUUGGACACACCAAAAUGCUUACAAAGGAGAUUGAGUGUGUUGGAUCACAUGACCUGCACUGUCAGAGAAAAGGGUACAACCCUGGUACGGUUUUGAACCCUAAGGUACAAGCAGCAUUAAUGUACCCCUCCAAUUAUGCCUGUACCUACCAUUGAGGACACCAAGGUCAAGUCCUCAGUAUUUUUUCUGCAACUCCAAUAACCAUGAUCCAUUACGGGACACCUAGGAAGGGCUAACAGUUUGGACCUCGAUGUUGUAAAAAUCCUACCUACAGCCCGGUCUCCAUUGGUACAAAAAAGUUCCCCAGAGUCAAUUUCAGUACCUUAAAAGGUACAUUACCUACAGCUAAAGCACAUUUGGCAGACCCUUGAGGGUACAGCCCCAGUAACAAAUAAUUGUACCCUCAAAGGUAUAUAUUGGUACUUUUUUUCUGACAGUGUGACCACCUGACAUAAACACAGUAGAGAUGGUUUUGCAGGAGUUUGACCAGAGAGUGAAGGAAAAUGGGUCAAUAUGUUUGACCCCCUUAAGAACAGCUGGAAAAGCAUCCCAGGAGGCCACCUCAUGAAGCAGGCAUAGAGGAGAAAGUAGGGCCAGCUAGACCCUGGAGCAAUUGAGGUUAAAGACCUUGCUCAAGGGUCCAAUGGUGGGAUCACUACCAUUCUAGGGAUUUGAACAAGCAACUUUCUGAGUCCCAACCCACAGAGCAGCCCUCCCACAAAAAAAAUAAAAUAAAUGAUUUAGUACGUUUUUUGGUCAGCGCAUAAUUCUAUAUAUGUUAUUUCAUAGCAUUCAUGUCUUAACAAUUAUUCUAAAAUGCAGAAAAUAGUACCUUAACUAUUGGUAAGUGUAUCCACACUUUUGACUGGAGCGCUAUGUGAGAUUCUAAAAUAAUCCUAUAAGAUUUUGUACCUGCCAGAUAAGGUACAAAAAUAUAAUACCUUAUCUGGUGAAGUUCAUGUUUUUAAAAUAUAUUCUCAUAUCAAAUCUAAUGACUGCAACACACUCCAAAAAAUUGGGACAGUUGAGUGUUUACCGCUGUGUAAUGCUGCCAUUUCUUCUAUUGGCACUUAUUAAGCGUUUUGGCACUGAAAGCAAGUCUAACAAGUGAAUAUUUCCCGCAUUCAUUUAUUAUGUUGGUCUUUUCCUCUUUAGCCCAGAGAAUACAAUAGCUGCUCUUUGACGUGUUGACUCAUCGGACAACAAAACAUGAUUCCACUGUAUGGCUUCUGCUUUGUACAGUAAAACCGUAACUCACAUCUGUGGAUCAGCAGCAAAUGGUGUUGGCUAACUAAGGUUUACCAAGUAUUCCUGAGCCCACGCCUUGACACCAAUUAUAGAUGCAUGACCGAUUUUAAUACAGUGAUGACUGAGGGAUUGGAGAUGAAGUCAUUCAUAAGUAGUUUUUGGCGUUGCCUUUUACAUGCAUUUAACUGGAUGCCUUCACUCUUUUAAUUACAUUAUGGCCAAAAUUCUGCUGAUUUCAUGUUGGUGAACGUUGUUCUUAAAGUGCUGGAUUAUUCUGUGCCACGUUUCUUGACAUACUCUUGCCAGAUUGGUGAGUCAAUCAAUCCAUCCUUCCUCUUGAAAGACUAGGCCUUUUUGGAGACUACUUAUACACUGUAACAUGAUUGUCUCACCUGUUUCACAUCACUUGUUUCACAUCACCUCGUUAUUUGAACUUGCCGCUUUGUCAUUAGUCCUACACUGACGCAUCCAAACUUUUUUGGCAUAUGUUCCACGCAUCAGUUUCAGAAGAAACGUGUAUCUUCACAAAACAAUGCAGACAUUUAGGUAAAACAUGAAAUACUUUAUACUGUUUUUGAUUUUCAAUGCAAGUCAAUUUAAACUUACAAGGUUGACUUUUAUAUUUCUGUUAGCAUUGUCCUUAAAAUUGGGUUGAGAAUAAAAUGUAAAAUGGGUAAAAUAAUGUAAAAUGUCAAAUAAAUGGUACCUUAUUAACAGUG